UGAUUCAGCUCGGUAUUUUGAUUUGUGCAAUGAAUCAAAUAUAGCGUGACUAAUGCGUUAAUAGUUACUUAGUGGCUUUUGAGAGUGCAUCCAAGUUUUGGGCUGAGGCUUUGCAUUCGUGCGAGCGUCUGGCACACGACGAGUGCACUGCACUGAAAACUCUUUCCCGGAGAAGAAAAGCUCAUGCGAAAGUGUGCUAGAUCAUACGUGGUCUAGGUCAGAAAUGACCCCCAGGAAGGCUGCAAAGGCAAAGGGAAGACAAGGAAGUUGACUCAACGAAUCAAGUGGUAGAAGGAUGCAAUCGUAGUGGAUGUAAAAUACAUAUUUCGUUGCACCCUGGCUGCAUAUUGCUCAACAUUGCGCAUUUGAAUACGACCUGCAAGCCAGACAGUCCAGGAUAUUUCGUCUGAUUAAAUGCAUUGAUUAAAGCAACAUGAAUGGCUAUUGAUUUGAAACCCAUGUAAUUGUUUAAUCUUUCACAUGACUUUAACAUUUAUCAAUAGGGCUGUUGAGAUAUCAUUUGUUACUGCGGGCAAUAACACUUGCGCGCCUUUUCGAAAAUGUGAGCAUUUGGAUUUGAUUUCACCAAGAAGGGAAACAUGUGUCGCUGGAAUGAAGUUAACAUGAACACUUCGAAUAGUCUGCAAUGAUAGCCGGGGAAUGUGGAACGACCAUGCAUCGAAUUCUACAGAGGAGAACAGUGCGCAAACUUCGCUUCGUCUGGGUAUUCAUGGCCAUGGUGGCUCUGUCGCUCGCCGCCUGUAGCGCACUAUUUACGGCGUGGACCUGGAGACAGACGCUGGACCUGUCCCAGUCCGUUAAAACUCUGCAAGACCGAUUGGAGCAAGUGAACACUCAGCGUAAGGCCAUUGUCCAACUCAUCAUGGAGAAGAGAGAGUUGCUGGUGGGGCAAAGGGUGAAAAGAGAUGGGGGAACUGGGAAAGGGAAGAGUGGAAAUGGAAAGAAAGUGGCUUCUCAGUUUGAGAUAACCAAAGAGUCUGUUCAGAAAGUGGGAGCUGAUGGCUUGAUAAAAGGAUGGACGGACUCGGAGCAGUUGAAUAUGAGCAAAGCUGUGAAGUACAACACAGACAGAGGCACCUUCACAGUGGAGAGAGCUGGAGUCUACUUCCUCUUCUGUCAGGUGUUGUUCAAUGAGAAUCAGUCUCAGCUGGUGAAGUUGGAAGUGGUGGUGGUGAAGAGCGGCCAGCCGCUGCAGAAGCUGCAGUGCAUGGAGGGCUAUGGGACUACACCUGCAUCCGGAUCCCACCAGUUCCACUUUCUCAAACCCUGCCAGGUGUCUGGCCUUCUGCGGCUAGAGAAGGGGGCAGAGCUACAGGCCAUCACAGGCGCCGGCUUCAGCCUCCACACCACGGGGAAGCACUACUUAAGCCUCUUCAAGGUCAACUGAGUUGCCGGAGAGGAUGGAAAUAUUGGAAGGAUGGAGGGGGUGGAAAAAUGGUUGAAGGAAGCGGUUUGUCCUACUCCGACCUGUAUUAAUGAGACACACCAACGUGACAUUCCUCAUUUGUUUAAUUGUGAAAUCUGGACCAAUGAUCAGGGGCAUUGUAAUAACUAUGGCUCAUGUUCGCUACAGACACUUAGUAUCAGAGGAGGCUGGUGGGAGGAGCUAUAUGAGGAUUGGCUCAUUGUAAUGGCUGGAAUGGAAUAAAUGGAACCGAGUCGAACGUGGUUUUCCAUAUUUUUGAUACUGCUCCAUUUAUUUCCUUGCAGCCAUUACAAUGAGCCUGUCCUCCUAUAGCCCCCCACCAGCCUCCUCUGCUCUGUAUGAUACUUCUUCAAAGACAGAAGCUGUAAGGAAGAUUAUAAAGGGAUACUUAUGCACUUCUAGACCCUCCUAGCGAUUCUACCCCUGCUUUUUUAAGGAAAACCCAUGGAACGUUGUCUGGAUCAGUUGAUGCUGCUCUUCUGGAGUGAAGCUCAUCCUCCUGAGUCUUGGUUCACCGUGACUUUGCCUGCGCAUAGCAGGGAACUGACCCAUGAUGCACCUCUCUGAGGCGCUAAGCUGGUGGACUACUGAAUGAGAAGGAUUCUGAGUAAUGAGCUGGAUGGAUACGUUGAACUAUGAGUCUCUCAUCCAUUGUAAUCCUUGUUAUCUCAGCAGUUGGGUUGUACAUGUCUUUCACACACAGGAACGUAUACAACAACAAAAAAACUAGCCUAUGAUCUUACCAACGUCUCUCAGUCUAGAGACUCUUUAUGACUAUCCAUCUCAAUCUUUUAAACUGAGUCUCUUAACAUUAUAGGCCUAUCAUAUAUCAUUUUAGAUACAAAUAUUCAGUAUGUUCUGUCGAAUCACAUUUCAAUAUGUUACAUGAUUGUCAGUUUCAGACUGCACAUCGAAGAACUAGGGCCGGGAUUCAUUCCAAGACGCGUUACAGAGCAACACUCUAAACAGCCGACAAUGAGUCUUUUAAAGGCAUUUUCCCCCAAAAUUCACGAAGAUCGCAUCCCCAGUAAUCGCUGCGCAUGUUGGCUCAAGAGAAAAUGCCCUUCAAAAGUCCAUUACAGUGAGCUGUGCUAUGAGACGCGUUGGAUUGAAUCCCGGCGUAGUUGUGUAUAUAAGGCUCAGUCUGUCGAGAUGCAGUAUAUCAUGGUGGAAAUAUAAAUGAUUUUGUAUAUCGUAAUCACAAUACUUGUACUCAUUCCAAACUCUCUUAGGUGCCAUUUGCAGCAAUAUGUAUUGAACACAGACAGUACAAGAGUAUUUCUAUCAGGUGGUUUGGUUUAAUGUUUUAACACUCCUACUCUGGUUUAUAAGUAGUGUGUGGGGGACCACAUUGGCUUCUCCUCAGCAAUUUACACACAUACACACACACACACACACACACACACACACACACACACACACAGACAAAUACACCACAAUGCAAAAGUCACAUAAUUCUAGUUUUCAGUUCAAAACAGUCCUAAUUUCUCAUCAUUAGAUGGAAAGUACCUCAUUUGUAAAAAGAGGUCUAUUUGUGAGUCAAACCCAUAGGUCAAGGUUGAAGAACCAGUGAGGGGAUAUUGUGUGUGCACGUGUUUGCGAAAUUAUGUGUGCAAUGCUGGUUGUUGUUCUAAACUGACUUCCCAAAAGUCAAAUAAUUCUGGUUUCCAGCUCAAAAGAGCUGUAGUUUGUCAUCAUUAGAUCACAAGUGGAAAGUGUGUUAUUGUGUUGUAAACAUAUUUCCUGUUUGAUUUCCUAAUCCUUCUCCGCUUCCCUUUUGCACCUUACAUUUAGCCCGUUUUGCAUCUAACAUUUCCCUUUCAGAACUCAACACACACACACACACACACACACACACACACACACACACACACACACACACACACACACACACACACACACACACACACACACACACACACACACACACAC